GUGACUUCAGGCAGGUCAGAGGUCAUACCUGUCGUAUUUUACUUCCGCCUGAGGCAACUUCACAACAACUGGUCAGACUGAUAAAAGAAAGAUGGAGGUUGCCACGGUGUUGUUACUGCUGAUCAUCGCUACCGUUGUGUACAACGUCUACAAAUGGUACCGGGAACGGGAACGGAUUGAAAAGGUAACGGAUAAGUCCGUCCUCAUCACUGGCUGUGACACGGGGUUCGGCUUCGGGCUGGCGCAGCGGCUGGACGGGCUCGGGUUCCGGGUGUUCGCGGCGUGCCUUACCGAGGCGGGGGUCGGCUCUGUCCGGGCCGCCUGCUCGGAGCGGACCGUGCCGGUCAUCAUGGACGUCUCGCAGCACGACAGCGUGGAAAAAUGCUUCGAGACGGUGAAGACUGCUAUCGGACAAGGAGGUCUAUGGGGAGUGGUGAAUAACGCAGGUGUGAGUGGAGGUGGUUUACCCGUGGCGGAGCUGUGUUCACUCGACAACUAUCGCCAGGCCCUGGACGUCAACCUGCUCGGCACCGUGGACGUCUCACUCACCUUCCUCCCGCUUCUCAAGAGAUGCGGAGGACGACUUGUGAACGUGUCCAGCGCCAUGGCUCGUUUCGCCACCAGACUGGGCCCGUACUGCACCUCCAAGUUCGCCAUUGAAGGCUUCUCCGACUCGCUAAGGCGAUCCCUGUCCAAGUCGUUCGGCGUUUCUGUGCACUUGAUCGAGCCAGGAGGCUACAAGACCCAGCUGGUAGAUCCCGACAGGGCCCGAGCGGAGUUCACGAACGCCUGGCAGCGACUUCCAGCGGAACUGCAGGAAGAAUAUGGCGAGGAGUACCGCGACCAAGUGAUGGAAAAGGUGAUAGAGUCCUUCGGACAGCACGUCUCCUCGAAAAUCUAUGAAGUCAUCGAUGCCAUGGAGCAUGCGCUGUGCGCAGCCAAUCCGCGCAGCCGUUACGUGGUUGGCGUCGACGCCAUGUUGUUGCUUAUCCCGUUGUCAUGGUUACCGACCUCCAUAGGCGAUGCCAUAUUCUGUAGUGCUCAAAAGCCGCCCGUGCCUGCUGCGCUGAAGAAAUCCCACUAAUGACACUAUGUUGUGUGUGUGUGUGUGGGGGGGGGGGGUAUAAUGGUUGUACAUAUCACGGAAGAUACUCACUACUUAUGGCAUACUCAAGGUUUAUUUUUGGCAACGUUUCUGGCGGUGCCUUCUUUGUUUUUUUUAUAGUGUUCUUAGAUACGACUUAAGGUGUGCAGUUUUUUUUCUUUUCUUGGUGUGUAUGUAGAGGAAUAUUUCCAGAAACUCUUGUGAACACAGUGUAUACGUCAAAGCAUAAUACCUUAUACAAGAAGCCUUUUUUUAGCUGAGGUUUUUUUAUCAUGUUGAAAAUCUGAUACGUAGACUCUUAGUUUUUGCAUCAUGUUUUUCAUUUUGUUCAAAACUUGGUUUGUAAAUAAUCAUUAUAACAUAUUAAAAGGUAAUAGCAUGAAACCAUAACAUUUGUGUUCUGGAUGUUGUUUACAGGCUUAUGGUAAAUAAAUUUUGUGGGGCAAUUCUUUAAGAAUGACUACUAAGAUGUGCCCUGCAAUUGUGCGUAAAUGCUGGGUUUUCUAGUUUCUUGAAGUGGACAUGGCAGUUACUAAAAUUUUAUUUU